AUGGAAUUUCACAAUCGAAUGGUCUUCUUAGACCAACAUCGUCAACAAUCUGAGUCUCGAAUCGCAGACUUGGAGAAAACCUCGUCAGCCUUACUUGAGGAAAACAAGGCCACUAAUGAAGCGUUUAUGGCAUUUGACGAUGAGGUCAAGGAUCUCCAAACCAGGAUGGAAGAUUUAAAAAAAUCACAUGAUCGACUUCGCGCAUGGGCAUCUACGCAGGGACGGAAAGCAGGGCAAGGUGGUAACAAUGUCGAUGACACGGACGAUGACGAUGAGCUGUCGUUUGGUCGCAAGGGUAAAGGCGUAAAAAUUGACCAACCAGAAAAAUAUGGUGGCAAUAAGGACGGAGUCAAUCUCGAUGAUUGGCUCGAACAAGUCAUGCUCUGGUUGAAAUAUACUGGACAUACCAAGGACGAGUCCAAAAUUAUGUCUACCCUCUUGCUCCUGAAAGGAGGAGCACGUGAAUACAUGCGACAUUGGAUCACUGCAAUAAAUGAAAACAACAAGGCACCAGGAACUUGGGUGGAGUUCGUUGCCGAACUUCGCACGGCAUAUGAAUCAUUGGACAAGGACGACAAGAAGCGAACGGAGUUAGAAGCCUUCAUCAAGAAGGAUCAUCGAGACUUCCGAAAGUUCGCAGAGGACUUCCGUCCAAAGGCAACCGGUACAGGUUUCUCGGAUCAAGACUUGAUCGAAAAAAUCAAGAAACAUAUUCCGGAGAAAACGUGGCUGCUCAUGCUGGCAGACACGACUAAGGACAACUGGCCCAAGAAAUGGACCGAAUUCCUUACAUUCGCACUCCAGAUAUUUACAUCACUACAACGAGAAGGCCACCAUGCCAAGGCCGAAACCAAGGACCCGAAUGCUAUGGAGGUUGAUGCAGUCGGGAAAAAGGGGAAGAAUGACAAGUUGGUUUGCGCCAACUGCAAAAAGAACAAGCCAACGUUCUUCAAAUCGUCAAAACGUUUCGGCAAGUAUUGCACCGAUUGUUUCAAAUUGGACCAUGUCAAGAGGCAGAUUGAGAAGGAGAAGGAAACAGCUGCAAAGAAGAAGGAUGCGAAGAAGAAGGAUGAUGCCAGGAGCAAAUCCAAGUCGUCCAAGACGCGACAAGUAGCAUCAGAUUCUGCUUCAUCUGAUAGCGAAAUGGACACGGACAGUGGUCCUGACAUCAAGAAGCACAAGAGCCCUUCUUCUAAGACUAAGGGGAAGGGUAAGGAGACAGCUGCGCAUAUUAGCGACUGCAGCAUCCACUCAGAAAGUGAGUCUGAUGCAUCCGAGUCGGACAAAGAUUUCGCCGCGAUCCUCUCAAGGCUCAGGUGCCUGAGGACGAAUGGAUCCAGUUCAUCAAGGAAGGCGGGAGAGGGCUCUUCAAGGAAGGAUCGGAAGGGUUUUCUCAAAGGGGAUCUGUAG